UUUAAAGAGGCAACAAGGUAUGCAGAUGAGAUGGGUCUUCAGUUGCAGCUGGAAUACCCAAGUCCAGCUUGCACAAACUUGACGUGAUAGUAGAGAGGUGAUAACAGCAGAGAAUUUGAAGGUAGAGCUGAGAAGGGUUUUGGAAGAGAAGACAUGGGAAGCGGUGCAUGAGCAGAAUUGGCAGGGGAAAUUACUCUCUGCGAGAACAGAAGACGAGAGUCUUAACUUCAACGGAUGUUAUUGGUGGCUAAGCAGUUGGAAACAGUUUGCAACACAUACAGUGGCGGGGAUGUUUGAACUCUACGAGAAAUUAUUACCAACGAAGUUGUAUGCCUGCCAGAAAACGCACACAGACCCUACGGGUGAGGUGAAGUGCAGGCUAUGUGGUAAGACCCCUGAAAGUGUCGCCCAUGUCUUGGCUGGUUUUACCACCCUCGCACAGAAUAAGUAUCUUACCCAACAUAACGCAGCCUUGAAAAUACUUUUCUUUGAAAUUCUGCACGACCUAGGCCUUGUAGACACAGUCCCCCCUUGGUACUCACCAUUGAAACCGAAGCCAGUGUACGAGGCGAACAAUGCGCAAGCAUUCUGGGACGUUCCGUUAUUUGUGGAGCACCAAGAAGUUAGAGCCAACAAAAUAGAUGCACGUAUUAUCGACCAUGAAUCAAGACGAGUCAUCACGCUGGAGAUGAGCUGCCCAUGGAUUACAAAUUGGGGGAAAAAGAAUGAGGAAAAAACCUCGAAAUACGGACCGUUUCGUCGGGAAUUAAAGCGGAAGUACCAAGGAUAUGACGUGAAACAAUAUAUCAUCAUAAUGGACGCAUUAGGGGGAUGGUGUCGUGACUUAGAAGCCGAAAUGAAGGAGUUGGUCGGAAACAAGAGUAAUGGAGUUCUUCAAAAUAGGCAGAAGGCUGUGAUCUCGGGAACACUAAAUAUCUCUCGGACAUUUAAAGUUGUAACAUGAACAAUGAACAUCGCGUACUAUAAACUCUUCACCAUCAAAAAUUCUGUGGAUUAUUAGAAACUUAAGAAGUGAUCGUCACUGAUUAACUCUUUCAUAGCCGAAAUAAGUAAUAGGUUUUUAAAGAAUUUAUAAUGACUAUUUCAGAUUUGGA